CCCCUCUCCAUCGCAGAUUCUCCUCUCCACGUCUUCAGGAAACGUUUCUCUCUCCUCUCUCCUGUCGUCUCCUCUCUCUCUCUCUCCUCUCGGACCGGGUUUUGUUGUGAUUCCUUUCAGGGGGUUCCAGUCCUCUUUUCACGCCUGUUUCCUUGGUGCUCGCCUCCGCUUAUCAUUUCGAGUCUCCUGUCAUCUCAUCUACAGCACUGCACAGUACACUACUUUGGAGCUUCUCUCGGCAUCUCUCUUAUCAUUCGCCCUUCCCCUUGUCUCUCUAUCCGCUCAAGCGUCUCUCUUGUCACGUUGGGUCGACGUCCUUUUUGCCUGCCAGUACCGUCCCCACGUCCACAAUUUUUCCUGUCGACUUUCGGUUCGUUGUCUUCCUCUUCCAAGGUCAAGUCACAUCGUUCCAAUCUCGACUCCGACUGCCUCUACCGAUAGAUCGCAAAGAACAGAUCCAAGGAAAAAAAGACUCGACAUCGUCCUAGCCGCCCUCGGCUAAGACAUCCUAAUUGUGUCCGCCACUUUUUUCCCUCUCUCAUACUUAUUCUCUCUUGCGCGCGCGCACUCUCCCCGCCUCCCGCUUCCCGCUCUUUUAGCCUCGUUGCUCGCUUGCUUGCUUUGCUGUGAGCUUCUAGGGUCACGUCAGUCUCGGGACAAGUUUUCAGUACUACUUCCUCCCACACUUCUACUCACGCCACAACCAACAACCUCCAAGCAGUCGGUUGCUUCUCGAACCUCGCUACCGUUCUAAGACAUUCUCAGUUCAACGUUGCAUCUUGCAAGCAAAGUCUAGAGCUAUAUUGGUCUAGCUAUCUGCAACACCGUCUCUCAUAUCGUCGUUAACAGUCGACGAAUUCUCAAGCUUCGAAAUCUACUCGUCACACAAUCGGCUUCUAGUACCAACAACCGACGCAAUGGCGGACAACGGACCUGCUUCGAACGCGGCGCAGCUGCCCCCUCCUCCCCAGCCGAAUGCUGGAGCUCCAGGCUACGAGAACGGCCAGAAUGGCCAGUCAAACCCGGCGCACAUGCCCCCGCCUCCCCUCCAUAUCCCGCAGAACAACAACCCGAUCCCGACCGCCAUUACCUCGCCCAUGUCUGGUGUCGAUAAGGUUAUGUCGCCCGGUAGCGCGGGGGGAUUCGGCCGCCGUGCUGCUCCCGAGCCUAACAAGCGGGCGCUGUACGUCGGAGGCUUGGAUCAGCGUGUGACCGAGGAUGUCUUGCGUCAGAUCUUCGAGACUACCGGUCACGUUCAGAAUGUCAAGAUCAUCCCCGACAAGAAUGCUAAGGGCUACAACUAUGGAUUCGUUGAGUACGAUGAUCCCGGUGCGGCCGAGCGCGCUAUGCAGACCUUGAACGGAAGACGUGUGCACCAAUCCGAAAUCCGCGUCAACUGGGCUUAUCAGUCCAACACCUCAAGCAAGGAGGACACCUCCAACCACUUCCACAUCUUCGUUGGCGACCUUAGCAACGAAGUCAACGACGAGGUUCUGACCCAGGCGUUCUCUGCCUUUGGCUCCGUAUCCGAAGCUCGCGUCAUGUGGGACAUGAAGACUGGCCGAUCUCGUGGAUACGGUUUCGUCGCUUUCAGGGACCGCCCGGACGCCGAGAAGGCACUCAGCUCCAUGGAUGGAGAGUGGCUUGGCUCACGCGCCAUCCGCUGCAAUUGGGCAAACCAAAAGGGUCAGCCGUCUAUUGCGCAGCAGCAGGCGAUGCAGGCUAUGGGCCUGACGCCCACGACACCUUUUGGCCACCACCAAUUCCCAGCUCAUGGUGUUGCCAGCUAUGAGGUUGUCCUUGCCCAGACGCCGUCGUGGCAAACAACGUGCUAUGUUGGCAACUUGACUCCUUACACCACGCCAAAUGACGUGGUCCCCCUCUUCCAAAACUUCGGCUUUGUGGUUGAGUCUCGAUUCCAGGCGGACCGAGGAUUUGCAUUCAUCAAGAUGGACAGCCACGAGAGCGCGGCUAUGGCAAUCUGCCAGAUGAACGGCUAUAAUGUUAAUGGACGCCCCUUGAAGUGCAGCUGGGGCAAGGACAAGACCCCGAACCCUCAGGGCGGCGCCGCCGCCGGCUUUGACCCCUCGCAGCAGGCGUACAGCCCGCAAAGCGCCGCUUCCGGCCCCGGAGGUUACCCCGGUACCCCGACUGCCUACUUCCCUCAAUACGGCGGUCAAUACCAAGGUCAGCACGGCAACUACGGUGGCCCAGCCGCUCAGUCCCCGGCCGGUUAUGGAGCGCAGCCCAUGGGAUACGGCGGACCGCAGAGUGCCGGAGGCUAUGGUCGCGGGCAACAGCCACCCAACCAGCAGUGGCCCCAGGGACCUCAGGGACAGAACUUCAACAACGGGUUCGCUGGGUACCAGGGCUAACUGCAGUUCACGACGUAGCCCCAGCUCGUGAGCUAGAGUGCGCAGCGUUGCAUUUUGCUCCAACAGAGGGCAUCGAAUACGGUCGCACCCACAGCGUUGCAAGGUCCUAGGGGUUGCUUUUGUGGAGUCUUUCUUUCUCAAUGUUGUUUUUUUUUGAUGGCAAAAUGGCAUGACCAACGCAUCUCCCAUGUUUUCCCAAAAUCAUUUCUUGCCAAAGCGUCUCUCUCUCUAUCUCAAUCUCUCCUACCAUCUGCGAUGAGGGCAUAUGUUGGUUUCUCUGGUGUGAGCACUGGGGAUGCGAAGGGGACAUCAUGUGCAUUUUCCGGGACGUUUCUCAGUCUUCCUAUCUUCUACGGCCUAGUGAUUCCCACAAGUCACGAACUUUUCCUUGUGCAGUCAUUUCUCCCUCUCUCAACCUGUCGGAGGGGCAGAGGGCAGACUUUUGAUAUGCUGUUUCGUUGCCAAAAAAAAGUUUGCUGCUUUGUUCUAUCAUGGAUACCUCUUCAGCAUGACGAAUCUGUUGGAUGAUGAGUUUAUGACUUUUUAUUUAUCUAUUUUUCUCUACACUAUGUUGGGCACAAGUUUUCUCCUAGCGCGUGGUGGUCUCCCGGAUACUCGAGUCACCAUUAGAUACCUACGACGACCAGACACCAGAUUUUGACGAACCUAUGGGAGAGGAGAAGGGGUGCGUGUGUGUGGCUUGGAUGACCAAGGAGCGAGCAGGUGGAGACGACAUGUGGUUGGCUGAUGGAGGGGGUUUUAUGCAUGCGUGUGGGAGGUGCAGGUACUUCUUUUUGGGAAACCCUUUGAAAUGAUGGAAGGCGAAAACAAAUUACAGAAGAGAAGACUGCAAGACCAGACAGACGAGGCAUCUGUUGAAUGAAGCUGACGUUGGCAGAGUACCCGUC